UAAGGACCCCCUCGCUGAAGAAUUUGAAGACAAGGAAUGGACCUUCGUUAUCGAAAACGAACGAAAAGGGCAUCGAAAGGUGCUGGCAUCUGCCGAUAUAAACAUGAAGAAAUACGCCAGUCCAAUGCCCACCAUGACAGACGUCAAGCUCAAACUCAAACCCCUCUCCGUCAAGGUCAUCUGUGCCACGCUGCAGUUCUCCCUCUCCUGUGUCUUCCUCCGAGAAGGACGGGCAACGGACGAAGACAUGCAGAGCCUGGCCAGCCUGAUGAGCGUGAAGCAGGCUGACAUCGGGAAUUUGGACGAUUUUGCCGAGGAGAGUGACGAGGAGGGGGAUGAUCGGCGGGUACAUCAGGAAGACAAGGCCAGCAGGCUGAAAGGUUUUAAGUUCCUCUUGCGCACGGAGCAGCUGAGAGGUGGGUGACUGCGGCGACAGGGAUUGCUG